CAGCACGCAUGCUCCCGCCCUGCCCCGCCGCCGCCCGCCCGCCCGGCCAGCUUCCCGGGGGCCCGGCCCGGCUCGGCGCUGGCACGGAGAGGGGCCCGCACGUGGCCGCCGCCCGCCCGCCCCGCCGGCCAUGCCCCGCGCCUUCCUGGUGAAGAGGAGGAGCCCGCCGCCCGCCCGCCGCCGCUGGGACCGGCUGCCCGACGAGCAGCGCGCCGACACCUACGUCCCAGGACAGACAAAGUGUGUCCUUCUGAACUAUCGCAGCGAAGACAGCAGCAGCAGCAGCAGCAGCGGGGGCAGGGACACAGAGACGGCCAAUGCCUCCACACCUGAAUCCACCGCAGACGAAACGCUUCUGGAUUUGGCAGUGACCCACCCCACAGUCCGAUCCAAAAUCAAGUUCACCACUGGCAUCUGUGGUAAUGCCUCAGUGCACAAUUGUGAGUUGUGUGGGAAGGGAUUUCGCUUGCAGCGCAUGCUCAACCGCCACGUGAAGUGUCACAGUCAAGUGAAGAGACACUUGUGCACCUUCUGUGGGAAAGGAUUCAAUGACACUUUUGAUCUGAAGAGACAUGUAAGGACCCAUACAGGAAUUCGUCCAUACAAAUGUGAGAUCUGCAACAAAGCUUUCACCCAGCGCUGCUCCCUGGAAUCGCACCUUAAAAAGAUCCAUGGAGUACAGCAACAAUAUGCCUACAAGCAGCGGAGGGACAAACUGUUUGUGUGUGAAGACUGUGGCUACACAGGCCCGACCCAAGAGGACUUGUACAUGCACAUCAGCAACGUUCAUCCCGAAAGCACUUUUCUGAAGAAAACCUCAAAAAAACUUGCAGCUGUUUUGCAAAACAAACUGACCUCUCCAAUGGAGAUGGACCCCAAAGAGAACAGGGUGGAGCCGUAAUACUACUGUGGAUUAUAGUCAUCAAAUACACUCAAAUGCCAGCAGGUCUCCCGGUCUGAGCAGAAAUUUCAAGGUUGCUGCCUGCUUGUGAGUCUCUCCAGAAGAUUAAAAUCUCGCGGGGAGGGGCAGGCCACUGUCUGCGGGACCUGCAAGCUUUGGGUUUACUCUGUCCCCCCUCCCCGUCUCAGUCCACCGGGGGUCCUUCCUUUGCCAGGCAGGAGGCACAGGCAGGGGCUGCCCCUGGACCAUCAGCUGCUCUCUUCUGUCCUCACCAGGUGGCACUAGGCUCCGCCCCCUGCCAAGCACCGCCCCUCAGCCCCAAAGUUCUGCUGCUCAAGUCUCAGUUAACCAGGCAAGCCUAACGAGAACAAACCCCCCACCACAAGCUAGUCCCAGUGACUUGAUGCGACUGCCUGCAGGAUUUCUGAAGAGUUAAACCUCCCAAAGACUUUUUUUAAAGAACAAGGAACAAACAAUACGAUAAAAUCUGAAUUUUUUAUUAUUCCUUCA